GCCUCUUCGUUACUGCGCAAUGCUCGAUUCCUUUCCAGCUUCUCAAACGUACCUAGCGAGGUUCCACGCUAAGAAACUGUUCAAGUUUCGUGAUGCUCUCUUGGCAAGCUAUCACCGUAACGAGGUGAAAUAUGCUGAAGUGACGUUGGAUACGUAUAGGAUGAUGCAGUGUUUAGAAUGGGAGCCUAGUGGAUCUUUUUACCAGAAGCGGCCUGUGGAAACGAAGGAGAAUGGUUUUGUGGUUGAUCAUACUUUAACUUCUGGGCUUAUAGAUAUGAAACUGGCUGCUGAUAUGGCUGAUCCAACAUUACCUCCUAAUCCUAGGAAAGCUAUUCUUUAUCGUCCCACAGUAUCCCACUUGCUUGCGGUCUUGGCAAUGAUUUGUGAUGAGCUCUCUCCAGAGAGUGUGAUGCUGAUAUAUUUGUCAGCUUCAGGUGGACCUGCUCGGGACAAUGUUGCGCAGCCAGAGAACCCUGUCGGUUCAAGCAGAGCAUCAAAAAGCAAGUUGCUUGGACGAGCAUCCCAAGAACAAAAAAGUUACAGAACAGAACCUCUUAGCAAUGGACAAAUUAAUUCUGGUGAUUAUUAUGAGGAUCAUCUCUGGUUAGGUCCUAGAGGAGGCUCUGGUUCAAACAACCUUUACCCUGGUGAUCUAAUCCCAUUUACAAGGAAACCGCUCUUCUUGAUCAUUGAUAGCGACACUAGCCGUGCAUUCAAGGUUUUGAACGGCGCAGAGAGAGGCGAGCCUGUUGCUCUACUUCUUUCUCCUCUGAAGCCGUCAUUGGAGAACCCAUCUGCUGACGAUGACACAGAAGCACUAAACGGAAGCCAGUUUACGUUUUUCUUAACAGCUCCUUUACAAGCGUUCUGUCAAAUGCUGGGCCUCUCAAACUCAGACCCCGACCCUGAAGUUUACGAUGAAGCGGAGAGCAUACUUUCUGCUUCCUUUUCCGAGUGGGAAACGAUUCUCUUGACUUCCAGAGUCUUGAAUCUCGUCUGGGCACAGAUCAUGCCCGAUCCAUUCUUGAGACGUCUGAUUCUGAGAUUCAUAUUCUGCCGGUCUGUAAUGACUUCAUUCAACCGCACAGAAGAUCAUGACCCGUAUCUACCUCAGUGCCACCCGAAUCUCCCGGAGUCGGUUUCACCGUUAUCUAAACCGGUGCAGUCCUCAGUACAACGACUAGCUGAUCACUUUGGUGUUGCCAAAUCUUUCCACUUCAACAACUCAUAA